AUGGUAUACUCUGGAGAGCCACAUUCAGUAGUUUCAGAACGUAAGGGCGAGGCGCGACCGCUGGGCGGCGAGGCACGUCGCGGGCGGUGCAGCGCGCGCGGGGCGCUGUGGCGCGUGGCGGCGGCGGAGGCGUGCGGCGCGGCGCUGCUGGUGGCGCUGGGCUGCCUGCCGGGCUGCGCCGCGCCGGGACCGGCGGCCGGCGCGUCGGUGCAGCGUGCGCUGGCCGGCGGGCUGACCGUGGCCGCGCUCGUGCAGUGCCUGGACCACGUGUCGGGCGCGCAGCUCAAUCCCGUCGUUUCACUAGCGGCGGCGCUGGCGGGCCCGCACGUCGUCGCUGGUCGCGACCGCUGCGUGCGCCGCGCAGCUGGCCGGUGCCGCGCUGGGCGCCGCGCUUUCUGUUGCUGCUCGAGCCGCGCGCGGUUGCGCUAUGCGUCACUAAACCGGCUGCGAAUAUUUCCGUGUAUCAAUGAUAUAAACCUUCAGGCGCUGGCUAUAGAGACGCUGCUGGGCGGCGUGCUGGCGCUGGCCAACCUGGCGGCGUGGGACGCGCGCAACCGCCUCCUCGUGGGACUCGUGGCCGCUGCGCAUCGGCGCCGUCGUCACGGCGUUGUCGCUCGUCGCUGGAGACUUGACCGGCGC